AUGAAGGGCAUCCAGUGGCUUCGCAAAAUUGCAAAGAAGAUUUCCCAAGCUGAACCCACUGGCUUCAAAUUCCUGUUGAGACAUCUUGGCGGGGGCCUGUUCAAGAACAUCGUCCUGCGUGACCUUCAGUACAUCCUUCCUCAGAUCUUCACCUGGUACAGCAAAAUAUACUCUUCCACCACGAAGAGUAUGGGCAGCAAUGCUCGUGCGGGCUUGAAGCAACUGAGUGAAGGCUUCGAGCGAAAGAAGUUCCGCGGAAAGAUGCGUGGCGUACGUCUGGACAAAUGGUGGCCGGUAGCUUCUGGUAUCGUGGUGAAUGAAGCUCGCGCACAGCUGGGCGAAGCAUGGGUCUUGCUGGGCGAUGAACUCGAUCGCCAGGCGGUGUCACACGCUUUUUGCGAAAUGCGUCAGCAACACUGCCGUGAGCAACAGCGUGCGGCCAAGAGAAGACGAUCGGAUACGGACCUACAGCUCUGGGCCUCGAAGGCUUUGAAGAAAGGCUGUGUGAAGUGGCACAUCAAGACCCUCAAGAAGAAGAUCAGUGGCAAACCCUUUUGCUGUGGACGGCAGAGGCAGGAUCGCUUCUGCAGCUACUGCGGCAAGAUCUUGAUGACUGUGUUGUGCCCCCUGGCUUGGGUGGAUGUCUCAUCACGAAUCAGUGCCCCAUUUUUGUUGUUGACGCAUACCUACUUUCUUCUUGAUUUCGCUCUCUCCAUGUCGUAG